AUGGACCACCUCUACACCACCCAGUUCGCACAAGCAAUCAGCACGCCUGCCAUGCCCUCGUCACACCAGCUCUCCACCCCGCCGCCCACAAUAGACCCGGCGUCCACCACCAUCAAGAUGGAGGACCUCCAGGCCGCCUUCGACACCCCCGCCCCGCCGCCGUCCAACGCAUCGUCGGCCGGCUCCCCUGCCCCAGAGGGCAGGCAGGCCAAGAAGCGCAAGUCGUGGGGCCAGGUGCUCCCCGAGCCAAAGACCAACCUGCCCCCGCGGAAGCGCGCCAAGACAGAGGACGAGAAGGAGCAGCGCCGCAUCGAGCGUGUCAAGCGCAACCGCCUGGCCGCCCACAACUCGCGCGAGCGCAAGCGGCAGGAGUACGAGACGCUCCAGGCCGAGAAGGACAAGCUCGAGCACGACCUCAAGACGGCGCGGCUGGCCAUGGCCCGCAUGACCGCUGAGCUCAACGUCUACCGCCAGAAGUAUCCCGGCGAAGUGCCCGAAUCCACCUUCGAGCACCUCACGCCCGUGAGCGAGUACGACUCGUUCCUGAGCGCCACCUCGGACACCGUCAACCCCGCUCAGACGACAUCGACAUCCUUCCCCAGCCCCGUCUCCAUGACCAUGGACUCGAUGGACUCGCCUCGCGACUCCUCGUGCCAGCCCGAGACGCCCGACUUCAGCGAGACCGCCGCCGACUUCGACCAGACACGAUAUCCUGCAGAGAUAUUGUGCGACCUGCAGUGUCAGUCGAAGGCUUUGGCGCCUAUUGACUCUCUUUUCGACUUCGACCAGUUCCCCGACACCACAAACAACAACACAGUUGUGGACAGCGCUUCUGGCCUGGUUGACACAGACGUCUUCUUCAGCAGCGCCAUCUUCGGCCAAGCCGACCUCCUCCACCCUUAUGGCCUUUCUGACCCCCUUGAUGCAAAGCACUUCGACUUGCAGACAGCCUCUGGCGCAACUUUGGUUAGCGACGAGGCUCUCGCAGCGGAGCAGCAUUAG